AACUUGCUGUUAUUGUUUCAGGGCAAUCUCUCGGAUCCAUAGAGAAGGAAAGCUCACGAGGACGAUCGAGCAAUCUCUCAGAUUCAUAGAGAAGGAAGGCUUGAGAGGAGAAUUAAUGAAGAUGAUGGUCAUGGAUGGAAAACAAGAGAUCUUUUGGAACACCAGCUGCUCUUUCUCUACCAAGCCUUCUUCUUCUUCCUACCUCCCUCUCUCCUCUUCUUCCCCAACUUUUCUACAUCCUCCAACUUCGUGAAGCUUCUCAAGAAAUCAGAUCGAAGUCUUUAUUCCUUUUUUUUUUAAAAAAAAACUGCAAUUUUUUUUUUUCUAUUGCUUGACGUGAGAAUCAAAUCGAUAUGCAGAAGCUCAGCAGCUCGUAUUCCUUCAAUGUGGAAGAGAAGGGGAAAAACAGAGUGAUGAAAUUGGACUACUGCAAGACGGAAGAGGAAGCAGAGGAGCUCGGAGAGAAGAAAAGGCGGCUCCGAGUGGAGCAAGUCGAGGCGCUGGAGAAGAAGUUGGUGGCGGAGGAGAAGCUUGACCCUGAAAAGAAGCAAAGACUUGCAGAGAACCUCGGCCAGCAGCCGCGGCAGAUGGCCGUCUGUUUCCAAAAUUGCCGCAAACGGUCUAAGAUGAAGCAACGGAAGCGCGAUUUCGAAGCCCUCAAGGCCCGCCACGACGCCCUCAAGCUCGAUUGCGACGCCAAACGCCGCCAAAACCAGGCUCUCAUCUCCCUAGUACGAUUUAGUAGCUACUUGGAUAAUCAUCUAUUGAUUCAGAUAACAGUACUUGGAUUUCUGUGGAUGAUUGAUUCAGAUACGUGAGCUGGAAUCCAAGCUCGCAGAAUCAACAGGGUGCGAGAUGGAGACGACGGGAAGGCUUCUUCCGAACUACAACUACACGGACGGGGCUUCGGAUACCGAUUCCAGCACCAGCAGCACGCUGUUGAAUGGCGAAGCAAACUAUGGCGACCACUACUGUUUGCUUCCCGAACAGAGCACACCAAGCUUCUCCUGGCGCUACUCUGACAUGGAUGACACAGACUAAGCUUGAAGCGAAUUGCCAACCCGUAGAGACAGACUAAAAAUGGAAGCGAUCGAGAGGCGCGAUUCAAUAAGGAGACGAAGCGACUGCUGCUUCUGUUGGAACUGGUACUUGGCAGGGGGGCGUACGGGCAUGGUAAUUUAGUAGCUUCCGCUUGUAGUUUCGAUUACAUGUAAGAAAUGUGCUACUGCAGUUAGUGUCAUCCUAAACGUUGCUUAUGUACUUUGCUGUGCAUUCAGUUGUAUGAAAAAACAAUUUGGGUGGUGUGCCUACGUACGCA